GUUUACACUUCCGAUCAGUAAGACAUGAGUCAUAACCCGGAGGUUCUUUGGGCUCAGCGGUCUGAUAAGGUUUACCUAACCGUCGCCUUACCUGAUGCAAAGGACAUUUCAGUCAAAUGUGAGCCUCAGGGCCUAUUCACUUUCUCUGCUCUUGGCACCCUAGGCAAGCUCUUUGAGUUCAGCUUGGAGCUAUAUGGGAAGGUUGUGCCAGAGUAUAGGAAGAACGUUACAAACUGGAACCUCUUACAUCAAAGUAGACUGGAACAAAUGGUGUGAUGAGGAUGAGGAGGUCAACUCUGAGACAGCCUGAUGAUGAGAGUGCAUUUGUUGAUGAAGAUUGUGAGAGCAGUGAUGAUGAUGAAUUGCUUUGUACCGGUUCUUGUUUAUAAGAAAACUCGAUGGAAAUCAAGUAGUAUUCACACACAACGUGCACACAUAUGCUAGUAGCAUCUUAAUAUCGUUCAAGACACAUGAGAAGUACAAUUGUGAUUCUUUUUUUUACCAUAAGAAGCGACCCCACCGCAGGCAUCCACUUCAAUUUGUGUUUGUUUGUUUUUGUAAUAAUCUUAUCAAAACAUUUUUUAUAAAAAAAAAUAAUCUUAUCAAAACUCUAAACGGUCAUAUCAGAGAAUGGUCAGCUUUGGUUUUCUUCUCAUUCUUCUAUAUAUUCAUCUAUAAAUACCUUCUCACACCUUCUCCAUUCUGCACACACAUCUAUAAUACAAAAAGGAUCAUCAAAACAGUUGUUUAAACUCUCUCAUCUCUCAAGUUGCUACGUUUUUGUUUGUAUUUUCCGAUACGUACCAUGGAUUGCAGAUCAUCUAUGGAGUCAUCGGAAACCCUAAGGAACAAGUGCGCAGCUUGUUAUAAACAAUUCAACAAAUUAGAACAUUUAGUGGAGCACAUGAAGAUCUCGUAUCACUCCGGUCAUGAGCCUAUGUGUGGCGUUUGCAAGAAACAUUGCCGAUCUUUUGAGUCCCUCCGGGAACAUCUCAUAGGGCCAUUGCCAAAACAAGAAUGCAAGAACAUUUUCAGCUUUCGCGGAUGCAGAUUCUGCUUGAUGAUCCUCGAAACCCCGAACGCUCGUAGGAUCCAUCAAGAGAGAUGCCAAUUUUCGAGCGUCAAUGCUGGAUUGACGACUCGUAUGGCGGCCUUAGGCGUAAGAGAUAAGGCCAUGAUCGACUACACGUCGUCUAGAUCCCCAAAAGUGGUUGCACUCUCUUGCAAGAUGGUAGGAGGGGGAAGCGACGGGUCGCUGGAUCUAUGCGCAAGGGUUUGCAUAACGGAUGAGAGCGACAACGUUGUUUUCCAUACGUACGUGAAACCGUCAAUGCCCGUGACGAACUAUAGGUAUGAGAAGACCGGCAUACGUCCGGAGAAUCUAAGGGACGCAAUGCCCUUGAAACAUGCACAAAGAAAGAUUCAAGAGUUUCUUUGUAAUGGAGAACCCAUGUGGAAGAUUCGUCCAAGAGGUGGGAAAGGGAGGAUUCUCGUGGGACAUGGCCUCGAUCACGAUCUUGACCGCCUUCAACUUGAAUAUCCUUCUUCCAUGAUAAGGGAUACUGCGAAAUACCCUCCGUUGAUGAAAACAAGCAAGCUGAGCAAUUCCCUCAAGUACUUGACCCAAGCCUAUCUCGGGUAUGAUGUUCAUGUUGGGAUACAAGACCCAUACGAAGAUUGUGUAGCGACGAUGAGGCUUUACACGAGAAUGAGAUAUCAGAAACACAAGAUUGAAGCUUAUCCUUUAGCUGCCGACGCGCACAACCGUAGCAAUCAAGUGGCUUGGAGGCAGAACGAGUUCGAGAGGAUGUCUCCUGAUGAAAUGCUUUCCAUCUCUCGAUCCGACUACUGUUGCUGGUGCUUGGACUCCCUCGCCUGAUUUCUAAAACUAUGGGGUUAAGUUGAGGAAUUU